CCCUCCACCCACUCGUCGUCUCUCGCUCUCCCCUUUAAAAACUCACCACCACCACGUACUACCCAAACCCUCCUCCAAAAUCCACCUCAGCCACCUUCUAUGGCGGCCGGGAUUUCCUUCUCCGCCACUUCACGACCCAUCCUCCGCUCCAGGCACAGUCCCUUUCUCGGCCCCAGGCCAGCUCUACAGAUUCCCCCAUCUCUCCAUAGAAUUCACGGGAUUUUUAGGAGGCCUAAUCUCACGGUUUGUUUCGUACUCGAGGAUGAGAAAUUGAGGGGAAGUCUAGAACCAGAAGAUGAGAGCGGUGGAGUUGAGAUGGCGAUUUUACUGGCGGAGAGCGUGGCGGAGAAGGUGGCGGAGAAGAAAUCGGAGCGGUUUACGUAUUUGAUGGCGGCUGUAAUGUCGAGCUUCGGGAUUACUUCCAUGGCUAUCGUAGCUGUUUAUUACAGAUUCGCUUGGCACAUGGAGGGUGGAGAGAUACCUUAUACAGAAAUGUUUGGUACAUUUGCUCUCUCCGUUGGCGCGGCUAUGGGAAUGGAGUUCUGGGCUAGAUGGGCACACAAAGCACUUUGGCACGCUUCGUUAUGGCAUAUGCACGAGUCGCAUCAUAAACCAAGAGAGGGACCGUUCGAGCUUAACGACGUUUUUGCGAUAGUUAACGCAGUUCCGGCCAUUGCACUUCUCUCAUAUGGUUUCUUCCACACAGGCCUCAUUCCCGGCCUCUGCUUCGGCGCAGGCAUAGGAAUCACGGUAUUCGGCAUCGCCUACAUGUUCGUCCACGAUGGCCUUGUGCACCGUAGAUUCCCGGUGGGGCCCAUAGCCGAGGUCCCCUAUUUUAGAAAAGUGGCUUCGGCUCACCAACUUCAUCACACCGACAAGUUCAACGGCGUUCCAUAUGGGCUCUUCCUCGGACCUAAGGAACUUGAAGAGGUAGGAGGGCUACCAGAGUUGGAGGAAGAAAUUAAUAGAAGAAUCAAACUGUCCAAGAAAUCCAGAUGAAUGAUUCUUUUUCUUCUUUGUAGAGAAGAAGUCCGCAUAUUUUUGCUGCAAAUGAAAUGAAUGAUUUUUUUUACUUCAUAGUAUUGCGUGUUGUGAUAGUUUUCUAGGAUUAAUAUCGUGAAAGUGCACAUAGAUUUCAAAAAAAAAAAUGGAGGAAGAAUCGACGUGUUUCGAAAGAGUAGCUGGCAAUUUUGGCCUUGUGUUUUCUGGCAAUGGUUCCAAGCAUUUUACUUACAUGGGAUUGUCGUCUCCAUGUGCCACUUGGUUUUUUUUUCCUUAUGAACUUCAUUAAUUCAUCCCAUGUAUCACUUGUCCUCUUCUCAAAAGUACUACUACUAUACUACCUUUGUUUUGGAGUUUAAA